AUGUCCGGCGACUCCCUUCCCAUAACCGCAGAGCGCUUUGCAAAGGCGCUAGCUGACCUCUCGCUGUCCUCGCUGUAUCUCAAAGUCGCGGAGCUGGAGAAUAGCAUUGCGCACUUGCAGAAGAGUAAUGGGGAGCUGCAGGAGUUUGUGCGGCAGGAGGAGGACAAGGAGUGCUAUGAGGCGAUUUUGGAGAAUAGAGAUGUUAUUCGCAGAAUGGAGGAGAGGAUUGAGUUGGUGAAGAGGGAAGUGACGGAGGUUCGCGGGCUCCCGUUUAAACCGCGGGGCGAGGAGAAGAGUGCGCCUGUUGAUGCGGAGAGCAGGACGAAUGGAGCGACGAAUGGGACUGCCGAGAUGGCAGGUGCUGCUGCGCGAAAUGGUACGAACGCCAGCAAUGGAACAACUCACGGACAGCAAGCCGGAAAUGCAGCAGAAGAGGAAGAGGGCGUCUUCCUCUGA